AUGCAUCGGCUUCAGAUUAUGAUGAUUUUCAGGCCAAAAUACGACAACUUGCACCUGAAAUGCAACACGAAGGUUGACAAAGUCGUCAUUGAAGAUGUCAUCGUCUGCGGCGGUACUCUGAGCUCCCCACUAAUCCUGCAACGGUCUGGGAUUGGCGACCCGGAGAAGCUUCGCAAGGUUGGAGUGAAGCCGUUGGUGGAUCUCCCAGGUGUUGGCCUAAAUUGUCAAGACCAUUAUUUGACCCUCUCCCUGUUCCGUGCCAAGCCCAACACUGAGUCGUUUGGCGAUUUCCUCCGUGGCGACCCAGAGGUGCAAAAGAAGGUCUAUGAUGAAUGGAAUAUCAAUGGUACUAGAACUUUGGGCCCGAGCGGGAUUGAAGCUGGAGUCAAGGCGCGUCCUACCGAGGAAGAGUUGAAAGAGAUGGAGAAAUGGCCGACCCCUGAAUUUGGGAGCGGAUGGAAGAGCUAUUUCAAGGAUAAACCGGACAAGCCAGUCAUGCACUAUUCAGUCAUAUCGGGAUGGUUUGGAGACCAUAUGCUCGUGCCCCCUGGGAAGUUCUUCAACAUGUUCCACUUCUUGGAGCCCCUGAAUUUGAUGCGGCACGGCUUCAUGAAUGACAAGCGAGAUAUGGCUCCGAUGGUAUGGGUCUACAUCAAGUCACGAGGGACGGCACGAAGAAUGGAUAAGUAUGCCGGUGAAGUCACUAGCAUGCACCCGCUCAUUGUCUUUGACUCUGCAGUUCGUGCCAAAGACAUGAAUCUUGCUACGACAAAUGCUUGCGCUGGCCCAAACCAUCUCUCUUCAGGUAUUCAGCUGGGUUCUUGGGAUAAAUCUUCUUCCAUUUCCUGCGGAACGCUACGAAGGGUGCUGGCUAGCAAUAGCUAUGCCUGUCGAGUCUGCAAAGCCACCCGAGCCGAGCACGUUGAACAGUAA